AUGGAAGAGAAAUUUAAAGCUUUUAGAAAAUUCGAUUGGACAUUGAGCGAAAAAUGGCAAUUGUACUUAUCUAACCUAUAUCCAAUCCCUGCCAGAGAUAGACUUGAGAAAAUCAGAAAAAGAUGGUAUAGAGACAACAUUGAUAAGGAAUUUGAUAUUAAUUAUGAAGAGCCUAGUGAUGAGUAGAGAUAAUAGCAGUAAUCAUAGUAGAGAGCCUAGGGAAGCUAAAAUCAGUAUUAGUAGAAUCCAUACGCAGGUUACUAAUAUCCCGAACAACUUCCUUCAUUCAAGUUAUAUUAAGAGGUUCUAUGGGUAGUAUUUUUGCUAAGUAUUCCCUUCAGGUUCUAUACUGGAUUUUUAGCAUUUGGCGCUUUGCUAUGUGGAUUGAUUAGGAGACACGGAUAUCCUAAGUUCAGCUAAGAAUACCUUUAAAGAGUGGCUUUUGAUGAUAACUUCCACAUGAUCACUUACGUUGGAACAUUGACAAUGAGCAGUGGCAGUUUAAUAAUGUACGUUCCUCUUAUUCUAUCUGCUUUCUUGGAGAUUUCUCCUUCAGGCAAGAAAUUUAUUGAGCAAUAUUAAAGAAUUCCAUUCGUGUCAUAUUUCAAAGACACUUUUGAUAAGGGAGUCACUUUGAAAUCUCAGUUCAUUGAAAUGAGAUCAGACUUUGAAGUAUAUAUCGGUCUUUAUCUUAUAGUUGUUUGGUUCAUAGGCUGGUCAAAUUUCCUACAGAUAAUUAUCUACUGGCAGUUAAUGAGAGUUAGAUAUAUGAUGAGUGCUAAUCUACAAGCUGCCUUCAGAAGACUCGAUACCAAAAUAUCUGGUUAUUUACAAAGUCCCUCUGUGCCCGAAGUAGUAAGAACUGUAUAUAUCAAAAUGAAGAGCUUUUUGGCAGGAAUGGCAGAAUAACCUAAUCCAAAUCAAGCCCCAUCCGGAGGAGUGGGAGGCUUACUCAGUAGAUGUUCAAUAUUCUGA